AUGUUCCUACGUGUUCAGCGGGCUAACCAUGUAGAUAGUUGGUCGUUGCCAGCUCCUAGGAUCAUAUAUUGUCCCCUAUCCCAGGAGCUGGCGUGUUGUCGACGGAAUGGUGACAUGGUUAGCCCGCUGAACACGCAGGUGGCAGCUUCUGUGCCUUGGUCGUUGCCAGCUCCUGGGAGAUCAUUUAUUGUCCCCUCUCCCAGGAGCUGGCGUGUUGUCGACGGUGGCAUGGCGGCAGCUUCUGUGCCGUAUAUUGCCAGCCCCUGGGAGAUGAUUUUUCUUUUUGGGUUCAUCUCCCAGGGGCUGGCUCAUGUGUCGGCAGGACGGUGGCGAUUGCCCACAUCUUCUACCCAGUCUCCUGGGUAG